UCAAAUCUCAAUUCAAUUCCUCAAUGUUUUGGCGGCUGGGGUUAAAGCCGUGGGUUAAAGCUUCGAUUGGCUUCGAUGUGCAUUUAGUUCCGAAUAAUUGAAUAUAUUUAACAAUUUUAUUGUUGUUUAAUUAAUAAACCUUUUUUUAAAAAAAGAAAUCUAAAUCAAAAUGGAUAAAAACAAAGAAAAGGAAGAACAGAGUAUCAUGGAUAAAUCCAUGAGAUCUGUAUUCGUUGGUAAUAUACCGUAUGAAGCAACUGAAGAGAAAUUAAAAGAUAUAUUCAGUGAAGUGGGCCCAGUAUUGUCUUUUAAGUUAGUAUUUGACCGAGAAACCGGCAAGCCUAAGGGAUAUGGAUUCUGCGAAUAUAAGGACCAAGAAACUGCCUUGAGUGCAAUGAGAAAUUUAAAUGGCUAUGAAAUUGGUGGUCGAUCCUUAAGAGUUGAUAAUGCUUGUACAGAAAAGUCAAGGAUGGAAAUGCAAGCUUUGAUGCAAGGACCACAGGUAGAAAAUCCAUACGGCGACCCAGUAGAUCCAGACAAAGCUCCGGAAGCUAUAAGCAAAGCAGUUGCAACAUUACCUCCAGAGCAAAUGUUUGAAUUGAUGAAACAAAUGAAACUCUGUAUUCAGAACAAUCCAACUGAGGCGAGAAAUAUGUUACUUCAAAAUCCACAGUUAGCUUAUGCAUUACUACAAGCUCAAGUUAUCAUGAGAAUUGUUGAUCCAGCUACUGCAGCAAGCAUGUUACAUCCCAGUAAUCCAGUACCACCACCGUUGCAGCCUGGUGAUAAACCACCACAACCUUAUAACCCACCGCCACCUGCUCAGCCGCAACCAAUGCUAAACAAUCCAGUGCCGCCUCCAAAUCAAUAUGUCCCCCGUCCGCCCCAAAUGUCUGGAAUGUCCCCGAUGAACAUGGACGUGGACCUGCGCAGUGCCCGCGCGCCGCCGAUGCACGACCAGGACAUGCGCAGCUUGCCGCCCAUGCCGCACCCCGUGCCGCCGCCGCAGCCUGACCCACCUACUCACCCUACGGAAAGUCCGAUUGAGAGAAUGUUCCCGCGUGAUCCUCGUCUAGCGAACAUGCAAGCAGGAUUCAACGCUGAUCCUCGCGUCCGUCCCAACGAUCCAAGGACGCAAACUAAAAUGCAGCAGCCACCUCCGCAAAUGCCUCCGGGAAUGCCCAGCGUCGCGCAGGCGAGAACUAUUCAAGGCAUACCUUCUGGUGCAUCGGAUCAAGAAAAGGCUGCUUUGAUAAUGCAAGUGCUCCAGUUAUCUGAUGAACAGAUAGCCCUUCUACCGCCAGAACAACGCUCCAGUAUACUUAUGCUGAAAGAACAAAUCGCUAAGAGCACACAGCGCUAAUUUGUCAAAAUGAUAAAAAUAUUUUAUGCGUAAUAAAUAUUUUAAGAGAAA